AUGAGGUCGCAUUCAAAUAGCCGCCCCUUUCCGGGCCCUCCUUCCCGGUCAUCCUCCUUUUCAUCCUCGCCAUCCCCGCCAUCCUCGCCGCUCCUCGGCAAACCGCUCCCUUCUUCGCCUCCUCGCCGCCGCGCACGAACGUGCCAUCUGUGCUGGCUCAUCCUCAUCGGCGCCACCAUACUCGCCACCAUGCUGCUCCUCCGCACCCUGCUCCUCCUGACUGCGCCAUGCGCCGUCCUGGGCGGCUGCUACCGCGGCUUCCACAGCACCUUUAGCUUCGACGCCGCCGCGGCGCGCCACCCGUCCUGGAUGGCGGCGCUGCGCAACGACACGCGCCUCACGAGCCUCAGCGUGCCCGGCACGCACGACACCAUGACGUAUGCCAUUGGCAGCGACGUGCUGCAGUGCCAAAACGUGAACCUGACGGUGCAGCUGGCCGCCGGCCUGCGCUACUUUGACGUGCGCGCGCGCCUGCGCGACGACGCCCUGCGCAUCUACCACGGCGACGGCGACACGGGCUUUUCCUACCAGGACGUGCUGCUCGAGCUGUUUGGCUUCCUGGCGGACAACCCGUCGGAAACCAUCAUCAUGCGGCUCAAGCAGGAGGGCGGCCCGCUCGGGAGUCACAACUCGCUCACGUUUGAGCAGGCCGUCAACUACUACCGCCACAACUCGAGCAUCACCGCCAAGCUGGCCGGCCGCCACAUGCACGAAUGGGACCCGGCCGCGCCGCUGCCCACCCUCGGCGACCUGCGCUCCAAGAUCCUGGUGCUGCAAAACUUCCCCGCCGACAACGGCGGCCCCGCCAACAAGUACGGCAUCGCCUGGGAAGGCGACCAGAUGGUGCUCGAGGACGUCUGGAUCGUCCCCGACGUGCAGCACCUGCCGGACAAGUGGACCGCGAUCCGCGACGCCCUCACCAGGGCGGCGGCCGACGUCCAGGACAACAAGGCGCUGUACCUGGCCCACGUCUCGGCCAGCGUCGGCGUGCUACCAAUCGAGGCGGCCGCCGGGCCCAAGAAUAGGACCGUCGUGGGCAUGAAUGACGAGACGGGCCGCUGGCUCGAGGCCAGUGGUGGGAGUGGCGGCCGCACGGGGGUGGUUAUUCUUGACUUUCCGGGCAAGAGAGUCAUUGAGGCUGUCCUGGCGCGCAACGACGUCUACAAAGCUUGA